UCAGCACUGGCCAGCUCCUCCUCAUGGGCAACCACGGCCGUCGCCACCACCACCACAUAAGCUCCUUCAACCCUUCGUGGUGCUUCAGACCUUCCCCAACAAAAGAAACCCCAAAGAGAGCAACUCCAAACGACAGAAUCCCCACCACAGCUUCCUUCCCUUCUCUCCCAAAGCAGAAGCGUCUGUUUCGCCUUGGGUCCAUGUCCGUCGCCCUAUCGUCGCCGCGGAUAGGCUGCAUGGGACAGAUCAAGAGAGACAGGUCAGCUUCUCGCGACUCGACCUCCUCCUCCUCCUCCUCGUCGAAGACCAGCGGUUCGUCUUCGAGGGAGCGUGGCAAUUUGCUGAAGAUCACGAUGGCGCUGUUGAGGAGGAGUGCGAGCGAUCCAACGAGCUCGAGGGUGGGGGGAGCGGAGGACGACGGUGGCGUGGUGGGAGCUGGUGUCACCGUUGCUGACAUGGAUCCGCCGCUGCCGGUGGUGAGGCGAGUGGCUGCGAGGGAUGAACUCUCGGUCAGUCUGUGGGAGAGGAGGUGCGGCGGAGGUGAACGGAGACAGCUUAAGCUUCAGCUGCCGCAGCAGCAGCCACCUCGUGCUUUAGCUUUGAUCUCUUCAUGCAACUAAUACUGUUUACUGGGGAGAAGUGAGGCGAUUAAUGUCUUCGUUAGUGCAGUGAAACGUUACAGAAUUAAUUCUUCUUUCUUGGUAUUCCUAUUGCUUGAUUCCCCGGAGGGCCCACUCAUCUUGGAAGGGCCCCACAUUUUGAUCCCUCGACUCCCUAGUCUCUCGCGGAUAACAAAAGCCGUCCGACCCGGAACCCUCUUUGCAACCCUAACCCUACCCCUAACGCCGAUCUCCUCUUCCAAUGCUCAGCGACCCCUCCGCUGCCGCCGCCAAAGGCCAACGGAAGCGCAAGGCCGGCGAGCACCCAGGCGAUGGGGAGAAGGGCUCCAAUUCGGGCCGGAAGCGGUCGAACGAAUCUUCGGCCGCUGACUACGCCGCCAUCCUCCGGGGCGCCAUCGAGUUCCGGGACCAGACUGGUCUUGCUCCGACCAAGUCUAACUUGGCUCCCUUCUACGAGUUUGUGAAGGGCUACCUUUCCGAUAUACUCUCACCGGGCCAGGUGUUCAACAGGCUUCGCCACAUCCGCCACAAGUACAACCAUUCUGCCGCUGAUACCGGCGAUGACCUUGUUCUCAAGCUCGCUGCCAAGCUCUGGCCCGAGGAGGAGGUAAAGAAGGACAAUAAGGAAGGGAAGAACCCGAAAAAAGAGAAAAAACACAAUUCUAUCGCCCUCGAGGAGGAUAAAAAUGCAGAGAAGGGGAAGAAAGAGGAAAAGAACCCAAGAAAAGCGGAGAACGAGAAGAAAGAGGAAAAGAGUCCCAAAACACACAAUUUGGUUGCCCUAGAGGAGGAUAGAAAAGCAGAGAAGGGGAAGAAGGAGGAAAAGAGCUCGAACAAACCGAAAAUACUCAAUUCGGUGCCCCUCGAGGAUGAUAGAGAUGCUGUGAAGAGGAUGAAAGAGGAAAAGAACUCGAAAAAACAGAAAACACACAAUUCGGUGACCCUCGAGGAGGAUAGAUAUGUGGAGAAAUGGAAUAAAGAUGAGAAGAGCCCUAGGAAAGAGACAAAACACAAUUUGAUGGUGGUUCGGGUGGAUAGAGAUGCAGAGAAGGAAGAUGAUAAGAAGGGCAAGAAGAGAAAGAAGGGAACGGACUCAAAACUAAAGAAAAAGCAAAUUUUGGUUGCCCCCGAGGAAGAGGAUGAGGAAAUGGGAAAUAAGAUCAGGGGCGAGGAAAUGAAAAAUAAGAAUGGGGAGGAAUGGGGAAUUGAACCUGAAUCUUUUCCUUAUUUGACCCAUCAUGUGGCAGAGCAUUGGAAAACUAAUGGUUUGCCAAAAGCAUCACUGGAAGUGGGGAUGAAGCUCAUAAAUAAAUCAAAGGCGAGAGCUUUGGAGGACAAGUGGAAGCGGCACUUGGAAGAUGAGAUGAAAUUUGAGAUGAAUUGGGCGAAGACCUGCAGGGAACUCUUUGCAAUGCUGUUAGAGAUGCAUAAGACUAUGAGGUGAUAGAUUACAUUGUAUUUUGCUAUAAGGGCUAGUUCUCUUUCUUUUGUAUCUGAUAUCGGAUCUAUUUUAGUUUUUGGUGGUGGAGGGUAUGUAUAAUGUAUCCAUAUUAACUUAUGCUUAUAUUUUGGGAUGAUGUAGUAUGCUUGUUUUACUCUUCGAA